AUGCGGCCUAGCGCCAAGCUGAAACAGACCCUCGAGGCAUCGGUGGUCCUUCGAGAAGCCUGCACUCGUCAGCAUCUCCACCUGCUGCAAUUCCGAUGCAAUUCGUUAUUCGAGCUCUCCAUUUCUCCAAUGCUGGCCCUGGCCCCAUUCUUGUUAUUAUUGGAAGAACCCUGGGACAUGCAACCGCUGCUGUGUCUUGCACCUGGGUAUCAAGUUAUUCUUGUACCUGCUUCCGUCCAACACCUACUGAGUCGUACGUGCAACCGGCCACGCCGCGGUGCGCGAUGCUGUCUGAUGGGGACUAACGAGCUGUCAGAAAGUGUCGGUGGACCCAGCAAGGUUUAA